CUGCCUUCGGUGCGUACGGAGCCCGGGGGUGUCUGGUCCCCGCCAGCUCAUGCUGCUUCCCCGGGGACCCUUCCCUGGGACUUGGCGAGUUUCGUGACAGCCAAUAGCGAGCUAUUUGAUUCUUACAACUACUCAAGUUUUUGAGAUACAAGAUGAAGCAAGAUCCUGCAAGAAAUGCUGCCUACACUGUGGAUUGUGAAGAUUAUGUCCAUGUGGUAGAAUUUAACCCCUUUGAGAGUGGAGAUUCAGGAAAUUUAAUUGCAUAUGGUGGCAGUAAUUAUGUGGUUAUUGGCAUGUGCACAUUUCAGGAGGAAGAAACAGACAUUGAAGGAAUUCAGUACAAAACCCUACGGACGUUUCACCAUGGAGUCCGAGUUGAUGGCAUAGCCUGGAGCCCAGAGACCAGACUUGAUUCACUGCCUCCAGUAAUCAAAUUUUGUACUUCAGCUGCUGAUAUGAAAAUUAGAUUAUUUACUUCAGAUCUUCAAGAUAAAAAUGAAUAUAAGGUUUUGGAGGGUCAUUCAGAUUUCAUUAAUGACUUGGUGUUCCAUCCCAAGGAAGGCCAUGAAAUUGCAAGUGUAAGUGAUGACCACACCUGCAGGAUUUGGAGCUUGGAAGGAAAACAGACGGCUCAUUUUCUUCUUCAUUCUCCUGGAAUGAGUGUGUGCUGGCACCCUGAGGAAACGUUUAAGCUGAUGGUUGCAGAGAAGAAUGGAACGAUCCGGUUUUAUGAUCUAAUGGCCCAACAGGCAAUUUUAUCUCUUCAAUCAGAACAGAUACCCUUAAUGUCAGCACACUGGUGCUUGAAAAACACCUUCAAAGUUGGUGCUGUUGCAGGAAAUGACUGGAUAAUUUGGGAUAUCACUCGGUCCAGUUAUCCUCAAGAGACCAGACCUGUUCACAUGGAUCGAGCACACUUAUUUAGGUGGUCUGCAAUCAGUGAAAACUUAUUUGCAACCACUGGAUACCCCGGCAAAAUGGCAAGUCAGUUUCAAAUUCAUCAUUUAGGACACUCUCAGCCCAUCCUCACUGGUUCUGUAGCUGUCGGAUCUGGUCUUUCUUGGCAUAGAACACUCCCACUAUGUGCAGUUGGAGGAGACCACAAGCUCUUGUUUUGGGUGACAGAAAUAUGAUUUUCCUCUGAAUUUUUGAUCCUAUGCUUUGUAUUUUUAGUAUAUAUUUUGGAGAAAUCCUUAUUUUUGUAUCAAAUAUACUGUAAAUCUAAAAAUGUCUCAGUUGUCUUUUCUGAUAAAUAAAAUUAUGGAGACUUCUUGAAAAAUA